AUGGGGCCUGAGAUAGAGGCAGGCAGCAGGGGCUGUGACUCUGGCACUUACCUCGCAGCAGGUAGCAACAAUGGCCUCAUUGAGCCAAAGAAGCUGCCGAACCCAGUCAGAGAGUCCAAAACCCACCAGGAGCUCCAUCGGGAGCUGCUGUUCAGCCACAGGAGGGGGCUGUUGCCAGAACACAAACCAGAGCUCCAGAAGGUUCUGGAGACCAGGAGAUUCAAGCAGCUGAAGCAGCAGCAGGAGUCACAGAGGCCUCUGACGGAUCUGGAAGAGGAGCUGAGGAAACGACACCGGAUGCUGGAGCAGAUGCAGCUAGGUCAACAGAAGAUUUCUCUGGAGGCAGUGGAUUUACUACAGUAA